ACCCCAUUGUAUUCUCACUUCAGAGCUGAGCAUUAGCAGCCAUGGGCAUCAGCUCGUCUAAAGUCGACCAACUGACAUCCGAAGGAAACCACGAGCCAACGAUCUCAGAUGUCUUCGCUGUCCGUCUGCUCCUAUCAUCAUCGCCAGCCUCGCUGCCUGUGGAGAUUAUUGACGUCAUCCUCGACCACGGUGCCUACUGGCCACACAGCACUGUCGAGGUCAAGGAAAUAGACGUCGUCUCUGGCGGGGAUGAUGUUGAGGACAAGGUCUACCUGCGUACACUACCCCUCGCGUACCCCAAGACCGAAGGUAGCCAUGUUGCGUCUGCAGGCCAAUAUCCGAUCCAUCGGCCACCUAGAGGCUCUAAUGAAGAAGAAUACCCGCGAAGAGGCCAACAUCCAUGCAGACGGAUUGUGUUCGAGCUCUUGAGCCGGGAUCAGGGCUGGUCGAGCGAUCGGGCGUACCACAAGACCUACGCGCAUUCAUGGACGUGGUUCGAUGUGUCCGUCGAGCGUGCCUCAGAAUCAGACUCUGGCGGGGUCGCAGACCAGGUUGAGCAUGGACUUCAUCCCAAGGAUACACACUUGCAACGGAACGUCCACGCGAAAAGGGAGUUCACGCGUCAUGUCAUUGUCUGGGACUGGCAGGAUACAGUUGAGGAAGGCUCGCUAGAAGCAAUGGUAGCAAAUGAGCAGGGCAGAGGAUGGCGAUCCAUGGAUGGGCAGCUUGUGAGGAGUCUGGAGUGCGGCGACCGGCUCGUGCUGUGGAUGCAUGCGCGGUUUGGCGGGUGGAGAUGCAUUGCGGAAAGUGCAAAGGUGACAGUGUAUUGGGCUGUAUGAGGUAGAAACGUACUGUAUAAUAUCAAGCUCUGGAGAGCUGUACCACAACCUGCAAUGGCUCA